UGCUCAUCACGGCCUGACGACUUAGGUUCCAUGAUCACCUUUUCUUCUCUAGAGGAGAGAAUGGGCCCAACGUUUAAUGGGGGAGAGCAGAAGAAAAAUUUGUUGUCAGGAUCGGAUUGUCUGCAAACCGCCGUGCUCCUUCGGCCAUCUUUCUGCUCAGAUAUGCUGGGAACGGCCUGGCGCCAGCACGGUGUCCCUCCCAGCCCUCAGCCUGCACCAGACCCUCAGGGAGAUGAAUGAUUUUGGAAUCAAGAACAUGGACCAGGUGGCCCCUGUGUCUGACAGUUACAGAGGGACGCUCAAGCGCCAGCCAGCCUUCGACGCCUUCGACGGGUCCCUGUUUGCUGUUUUUCCCUCCCUGAGUGAAGAACAAGCCCUCCAAGAAGUGCCCACGGGCCUGGAUGCCAUUUCUCACGACGCUGCCAGCUGCGAACUGCCCCUGCUGACGCCGUGCAGCAAGGCCGUGAUGAGCCAGGCCUUGAAGGCCACCUUCAGCGGCUUCCAGAAGGAGCAGCGCCGCCUGGGCAUCCCCAAGAACCCCUGGCUGUGGACGGAGCAGCAAGUAUGCCAGUGGCUUCUGUGGGCCACCAACGAGUUCAGUCUGGUGAACGUAAACCUCCAGAGGUUUGGCAUGAAUGGCCAGGUAUUGUGUAACCUGGGCAAGGAGCGCUUUCUGGAACUGGCACCUGACUUCGUGGGUGACAUCCUCUGGGAGCAUCUGGAGCAGAUGAUCAAAGAAAACCAAGAAAAAACAGAAGAUCAGUAUGAAGAAAAUUCCCACCUCAACUCGGUUCCUCAUUGGAUCAAUAGCAAUUCAUUAGGUUUCGGAGUGGAGCAGGCGCCCUAUGGAGUGCAGACGCAGAAUUACCCCAAAGGCGGCCUCCUGGACAGCAUGUGCCCGGCGGCGCCCGGCGCCCUCGGCUCUGAGCAGCAGUUCCAGAUGUUCCCCAAGGGGCGGCUCAGCACGGUCAGCGUCAGCUGCUGCGCCGUCGGUCAGGACUUCGCGGGCGGCAGCUUGAAUCUGCUCACCGGCAGUUCCGCAGAAGGGCGGGACGUGGCUUUGUCCUGGAGGAGACAGGGUACCCGGUUGUCGCCGCCAGGGACGCCCGGAGAGCAGGACGCCGCCGAGAGCGGCGCCGACGGCUUCGAGAGCUCGGACUCCCUGCUGCAGUCCUGGAACAGCCAGUCCUCGCUGCUGGACGUGCAGCGCGUGCCGUCCUUCGAGAGCUUCGAGGACGACUGCAGCCAGUCCCUGUGCCUCAGCAAGCCGACCAUGUCCUUCAAGGACUACAUCCAGGAGCGGAGCGACCCGGCGGAGCAGGGCAAACCGGUUAUACCCGCGGCCGUGCUGGCCGGCUUCACGGGAAGCGGACCUAUCCAGCUGUGGCAGUUUCUCCUGGAAUUGCUGUCCGACAAGUCCUGCCAGUCAUUCAUCAGCUGGACGGGGGACGGAUGGGAGUUUAAGCUGGCUGACCCCGACGAGGUGGCCCGCCGGUGGGGCAAGAGGAAAAAUAAGCCCAAGAUGAACUAUGAGAAGCUGAGCCGGGGUCUGCGCUAUUACUACGACAAGAACAUCAUCCACAAGACGUCGGGGAAGCGCUACGUGUACCGCUUCGUGUGCGACCUGCAGAACCUGCUGGGCUUCACGCCCGAGGAACUGCAUGCCAUCCUGGGCGUCCAGCCGGACACGGAGGACUGAGGCCCCGGGGGACCGCGUGCAGGGCCAUCGUGACUGGCUGCGCCCAGGACCCUGCCAGGCCAGACUGAACGCGCCCGGGAACGUGGCCCGGAAGCACCUGGAACCUCGGCUCUUCGCCCAACAGCGCAGUCUCUCGCGCGUACAGAGCCUGCGGACAGGAAAACGCUGUUUAUACCGCGAUGACAUUGAAGUGGCCGAGAGGGCAGCACCGGGAAGCCACCCGGCCUCCGCCCGGGCCGUGUGACAGGAUCGCUCAGGCUGCCGGAGGGAGCGUGUCGUGGACACACACAGUUUGGGGUUUUCUUUUGCCUUUGGCAACCAGGAAUCACAAAUGCAGAAGCGUCUCCUUCAGAGGGCGGGAGGGGCGAGGAAACCAUGUGUCAUUUCAGAAGUCGGUUUUGUAUAUACGACUGUAAUCUUAUAGUUGUCAGAAUCCUCUCACAGUUCUAUUUAACAGAAAUUGUAUAUUGUAAUUUAAAAUAAUUAUCUAACUAUGUGAAAUAAGAGUGCGUAACGGCAUUUUGCAAACAUGGAGUCUGCCUACAGGAAUGAGGUCUAAGAGGGUUAUUCCCCAUUUUCUUUGUGUUUCGUUUUGUUUUGUUUUGUUUUGUUUUGUUUUGCCUGGGUUAUUAUCUGGCAAGAACUUUUGUACAUUUGGGAAUUUUUAUAAGAAACUUGCUGUUAUUAUCCAGGGGCACAAUGUGGCCUCUGCUUUCUCCUUUAAUUGUAAUGUAAAAGCUGUAAAGCAGUAUUUUUCUUGACAAAUGGCAUCUGUUGUCCAUUUCUUCGCAUGCCUUUAAAUCAGUUGAUACGCAAAACUCAUUGCCUAGUUCAACUGUGCGCCCCCCACACUGCCCUCCCCGGCAGCUCUUUCCACCCCGUGCCCCAUUUCCAAGCCCCGAAUUAUUCUGUGUGAUUAAGAAUACUAUUUUUGGAAAUACGCAACUCCUUUUCAGAGAUCAGGCGGGAUUUAACAUAGCUAUUUUUACUGUAAAAGUAACUCACUGGGGGGAAAAAAUGUAAUUUGUAAGAAAGCUUUAUUUUUUAUCUCAGCUCACGUAAAGAGCUGGAGGUUCGGGGAGCGGAGGAACCUUUGUUCAAACCUCUCAGCCACAAAUGCAGCACGAUUUGUCUCGUCCUUGUUCCCCGUUGAGUCGGGCUGUCUGGGUACCAGGCUUCCCCAUCUGCUCAGCCUCCACAGCAAGACGGUUCUGUUUCUGUCCGAUUUUCUUGGACGCAGACUAACCAGAGGCCAGGAGGGAAAACGAGGUGGUCAGGAGCAUUGGAAUAGCUCGCGAUGGAGACUCGCAUGGUGGUUUCUAAGGCGCGCAUGGGCCAGUGUGUGUUUCUGGCCUUCGUAAAUGAUCCGGCCCAGUUGGUCUCGAAAUGGACAGGCUUCACUAGCAAUGAGAGGACCCUGGGACAGUGGCUGACAGCUCUAAGGACUCAUUUGUGGGAUGAGAGCACGUGAUCGGCUGGAAGGGUGGACUGGGGAGAGCGAAGCCGGCUCGAGACCCACUCGAGACAGUUUCCAGUAUCUUGAAACACAGGAUGGUUCUCUCAGGCAGGACCAUUCAUCGUGCAGACAUCUGUGACAUCCACAGACGUGUGACCAGGAAUGUCGGUCAUGCUGCCAAAACAGAUCUUAGCCAUUGGCUCGUUUUACGUGGGGCUGAACCACAUGAAAUCACCAGUAUUUGUUGCUUUUUUUUUAACCCACAUGGUUGGCAGUUUCAUGUGGUCCAACCUAAUCGUGAUGGGAACUGAAGUUCAUUGUAAACCUUUGGCAUAUGGGAAUGAACGGAACUUAAGUAUAAAAAUUUUGUAAUUUGGCCGUUGCUUUCUCCAAUAAUAAAGUAUUUUGUUUAUAUAAA